AAUAUCGUGCAGGUGCGGCUAGGCAAUGGAACUAGUUGCCACUGCCUGUUCACUUACCUGUCUAUCUCAUAUAUCCAUCUCUACUCCCUGCCUUCUCUGCUAAUCUGCCAUUACUAACCGAAACUUAUUACCUUUCCCCUCUUCUCUUCUUUAACAUUUGUGUACUAGAUUCACCUUCACAUUUACUGGCAGCAGAACAGAAGAGUGUCUCAUCAACCAUGCCACUUCUGAACAAGUAACCAGUCUGCAACCUGUAGUUGAGUCAAGCUUCUUCCAUUUCAUCAAAGGGGAGUUAUCAUUGGAUAUUUGGACCCUUGGUGUGGCCAUACUUCUGUAAGAUCAAAAAAGAAAAAGUAAAGUAAGAAUGAUGAUCAUGCGAAGAAGACUGGCUUGUUGUACCAGAGACCAGAACACUAGCCUUGAUUUUGAUCAACAAGAAAGCAUGAUGACUUACAAUGGCCUCGAGAGCUGCAUCAUCAACAAUCAAUCUUACGAGAAUGAUAGCGGAACAAGCAGGGGAGAUGGCUGCGUAACUGACUCUCAUGAUGAAGAUGGUUCGAGCUGUUCUUCCAGCAACAAUGCAUCGGGAUCUUUUUCUUCACACUGGACAUCGAUGAUGAAAGAUGAGAAGGGAAGGGAGGAGUUGGAGCUCUCUGACAGCCCUCGAAAGCUUUGUGUUAAAGAAAAACAAGCUUACAAGAUUGAGAAGUUGGAUGUUGAGAUCAUGAAGCAGAAGUUCGCGAAGCUGUUGCUUGGUGAUGAUAUUACAGGAGGACGAAAGGGCGUUUCCAGUGCUUUAGCAUUGUCCAAGGCCAUAACAAAUCUUGCAGCAUUGGUUUUCGGAGAGCUAUGGAAACUGGAACCUUUGUCUGAGGAGAGGAAGAAAAAGUGGCGACAAGAAAUGGACUGGAUACUAUCGCCUACUAACUAUAUGAUCGAGCUGGUUCCAGCUAAACAACAUAGCAUCAAUGGCCAGACCAUGGAGAUAAUGACACCUAAGGCUCGAGCUGACAUCCAUAUGAAUCUUCCAGCACUUCAGAAGUUGGACUCCAUGCUCAUUGAAACGUUGGAUUCUAUGGUUGGCACUGAAUUUUGGUACGUAGAAGGGGGUAGCCGAGCAGAAGGAAGGAGCAAUAGUUCUAGGCAAAGCAAUAGAUGGUGGCUUCCGUCACCAAAAGUACCUGCAGCAGGGCUAUCAGAUACUGAAAGGAAGAAAUUGCUAAAUCAGGGUAAAGUAGUUCAUCAAGUUUUCAAGGCUGCAAAAUCCAUUAAUAAAAAUGUCUUGCUCGAGAUGUCUGUUCCUGAUUUUAUACGGGAGGCACUUCCUAAGUCGGGAAAGGCAAACCUUGGGGAAGAUCUUUACAGUAACAUGACUGCAGAAUCACCCACGGUAGAAGAGGUGCUUCAUGCCCUCAAUUUAAAAUCUGAACAUAGAGCCCUUGAAGUGAUUAACAGGUUGGAGGCAGCAGCACUUGCAUGGAAACAUAGAAUGUUAGAAAAACGCAACUAUGAAUCUCCAAUUCAUACAUCAUUGUCUUUUCUAAAGGAUUCAGAAUCUGAUAUGGAUAAAAUGGAAUACUUGUUAAACCAGACUGAAAGUCUUGUCCAGGAAAUUAAAGCCAGAUUCCCAAAACUUCCCCAAUCGUUCCUGGAUGUCACAAAAAUCCAAUAUGGCAAGGAUGUUGGUCAGGCAAUCCUAGAGGCUUAUUCUCGGGUUCUUGCAAACUUAGCAUUCAGCAUACUCAGUAGGAUAGGAGAUGUUCUGCAGGAAGAAGUUUUAAGUAAUCCAAAUUCCCCUGCUGCAACAUUUAACUUUCCUGGAGUAAACCAUGUCAAUCAAAGAAUGCCGAGUCAGCAUGUGAGACACUUUCUCAUUAAUCAAAUGAAUAUUGUAGAUGGCCGGUUUCGCGAGCCCAACACUGUCAAGUAUAGCAAAUAUGAGUCCUGGGACGAUAAACACAAAAGAAUGGCAAGUCAGCAUGUGAGACACUCUCUCAUUGAUCAAAUGAAUAUUGUAGAUGGCCGGUUUCGCGAGCCCAACACUGUCAAGUAUAGCAAAUACGAGUCCUGGGACGAUAAACACAAAACAAGUUUAGUGACAGGCACACCUGGCCAGAGCAGAGUAUGGUGCUUAGGCAGAGAGGCAUGUGGCAGUCUUUCAACGCUUUCCCCCGAAAGUUCCCCCUGAUGCCGCACUCAUAUAUGUUGUAAAUACACAUUAUUACAAGAGGUGGUUUAGGAAGUCACCAAAUAUGGCGUAGCAGAAUUUUCAGUAUAAACAGAGGGACAGAUCUCAUGACCCUCUAGCUCUAGGUAAGAACGUGUUUUGUGAACAUUUAAUAGUUAAAGAAUUUACUUAAUAUUCAAUAUUCAUAUAAUCUUUUAGAUUUUUAA